UUUGCAUGCUGUUGCUGCGCCUUGCGGCGAGUAUUGAAUCCAGCUGUCUCACAGUGGUCGGGGGGGGAACUUCACUUCCUCAAAACAACGCCUCACAGAUCUAGAAGACAUUUCUGCUUUUGAUCAACGCUCCUCAACAACAAGAAGGUCUUCCAGUCGCCAAGAAGGAAGUGACUCGUAUCAAGAAGACACUGGGCUAUGUUUUCGGCGGCGGUCGUUGCCGUAGUCUUGGGCCUAUGCGGAGGAGUCGCCAAGGCUAUUUUCGAUGCAGACCUACCAAAGGUGGACAAGAGCUCAAUUCACGUGGAAAAUCUCGUGCAACGCGAGAACGGGAACUGGACUCUCGAUUUCAAGGUCACAUGGGACAGGCCCAAUGGUACGGACCUGGAAGGUUACAUGGUGAAACUGACGGAUUGGUUCAGUCACUCAGUCAGACCUGAGGACUUUCCGAGCUAUGACGGCCCCAUCGACGACAUCGGGUGGCCCUUCCCUGGACUCGGAGGCAUGACUUUCCCUCCAAUCACCGUGCAGACGGAUCGGGAAAAGCUAGAGCAGAGAGGAUUCACCUUUACGGACACUGAAUCGAUCACCUAUGAAGGCAAGUGGCUGUCACACGCCUACGACUUUGAGAUUAUCUGUCUUCAAGGAGGAAACUCGGGCGGGUCAGAGAAUCAAAAGAUUUUUACCGCAGAUUGCUAUUCUUCAACUGGAGACCGAGAAUUUUGUAAAACACAACCCGUGUUGUACUCCAGCCAACCGGCCAACUUGACUCUGCUGGGCCUGAGCUGUCAGAAUGGCACGGGCGGCGCUUCCUUCACGGCGGUCUUCUCCUGGCUUCGCCCCGUUCAAGUGGCGCAAGGGCACGCCGUCUUGUUAUACGCCAUCCGGCUGGUGGUGGGCGACCAGGCGACCAAUGACCCGCAGUUUGACGUGUUUGUUUCAGAGAACUCAACGCGUGAUGACUUGGACCCCAUCUACUACAAAAUUGAAGAGCUCAGGUUGGGGGAAUCCUACGAACUACAAGUGACACCUUUGGUGAACAUGACCUAUCCCCAGUCGUCGCAAUACGGCAACAAAGAUCAGCUUACUUUCAACACCACCAUAUCCAACACAGACCGGUGUGCUUCCUGGACGGGCGGGAAGGCGUGGAAGGAGGACCGUAGCAGCAGCGAGGGCGGCUCGGUGCUGGUGACGGUCCUGCCCGUGCUGUCUGUCGCCACGGUGCUGCUGCUGGGAUCCGCCGUGGCCGUCUGUCUGUGCCGGAGACAUCGUGACAGCUCCAGGACCUACACCGGCCUCAGCUUCUUCCCAAUCCUUCCCAAAUCUGAUUGGAAGCCCCCUGUAGCGCCCCGCCCCCAGCACGACUUCGGCCAAUGGGAGCUCAGUCGCGGCCUAUUGGAGGUGGAAAAGGAACCAAUCGGAAAGGGCGCUUUUGGUCUGGUGUUCCGCGCAAUCGCCGUGGGCCUGGAUAAGAACCCGCUGCCUGUAACAGUCGCCGUCAAGACUUUACCAGAACACCCGACCAAUGAGCAGCGUCAGGACUUCCUGGACGAGAUCCAGACCAUCCUGGACAUCGGGCCGCACCCCAACAUCCUGGGCAUGCGCGGCUGCUGCACCAUGUCCGACCCGCUCUACCUGGUGGUGGAGUACAUGCCGUACGGAGACCUGCUGCACUUCCUCUGGGAAUGUCGACAGCCAGCUGCACACAAAGAGGACCCGAUAUACCAGUUCCAGGAGAAGGGUGUGUACCAGGUGGCCAGGCAGGUGGCAAGGGGCAUGGAGUACCUUGCCCAAAAGCGGUUCAUCCACGGUGACCUGGCAGCCAGGAACGUUCUGGUCGGAGAUGGACUCAUUGUCAAGAUUUCCGACUUCGGACUCUCCAGCGACAUCUACCAUCGAGGGUACAUGCGUGAAAAUGUCGGGCGGAAGAUUCCGCUGAAGUGGGUGAGCCCGGAGAGGAUAUACGGCGGAGGGCGGUGUACCAUAAAGAGUGACGUGUGGCGUCCCGUACCCGGGUAUGACCAUGCGGCAGAUCAUGGACAAGCUGAAGAACGGAUACCGCAUGGAGCGGCCAGACGACUGCAGCAUCCUGCUGUAUGACGUAAUGAAGCGCUGCUGGAAGUGGAAGCCAGUCGAACGUCCGUCCUUCAGCGACCUCUUCAACGAGUUCGACUCCAUCUUGAACUUCGACGCCGACUACACCCGAGUACUCCAGGCUAUCCCGAUGGGUGACGAACACGACUACAGCAGGGAGAUUGGCGCCGAAGAUGACGUCACCAUGACCAAGGAAGAGGACGUCGGGAGUGAGAUCUCUGACGUCACGGAUGCAGAGGAGAAGGAGGAAGAGAAGAAAGAUGGGGUUGCCAUAGAGACGGAAACAAGCUACCUACCAAUGGCGGACCGGAAGGGACAUUGCAUCACGAGUAAGACCCCAGCUGAAGACAAGGACUCCGGGUACUGCGGUGACUUGACGGCGUCUCCACAGAAGAACCUUCACUUCAUAACAUUCCCGAUGUGAGUUCUGAAGUAUUCUAAAACUUGCUUUUGUUAUACGACGAAAUCUUUCUUCUAAAGCAACGGUUUCCUAACCGAACGGUUGAUUUUAAAGUAUUCUGCCAAAAGACCUAUUCUGAACACCAGAAGACCAUCAGAAAAUCAAUCAAUGGUAAAGGAGUGUGUGUUUUGCUCAAGUACACAUUUGAACUACAAAUACCAAAGAAAUUGACCUGUACGAAGUGGACAGUUAGCUUAAGACAUUCCUUCCAAUUAUUGUGAAAUAAUAUCAAGAAAUAAUUUUAGACAUGUUUUUCAAAAUUGAUGUGAAUGAAAGAGAAAGUCAUGUUAAGACGAUUGCCUUGACACAGAGCUAUAUUAAUAAAUCAUAGAUACAAAUCUACACCGCAAAGGCUCAUAUUGUAGAUGUCAUAGCCAGGUCCAGUACCAACAGCUGUCAAUAUGAAUCACCAAUUUGUUUACAUUGAUUUGAUAAUAAACGUGUGAAUAAGAAACGUUUCGCAAAAAAAUACGAAAAUGAAAUCAGUGGUCCGGACGGUUUAACAAAUGACUAGAACACAGAUUAUGAUAUACCGAACAAUUCUACUUCAUGUUUGCUCUUACAUAUCUCAUUCUCUGACUUUGGAAUUUACCAUUACAUUCUAUGGCAUUUGUAUCAGCUUUCUGAUAUUUCUUUGCAAUUUGCGGUAUAUGUGAGCUCAUUUUACAGCUGCUUUGUACAAUUAAUAGAAUGUUAGAAAACUUCUUUAUUUUUUGUGAACGGGUGAAAAUUGAUUCUAUCUGUGUAAUCAAAUCAGCAAUUGGCCUCAGUUAUUGUCUGGAUUUUUGCUAUGCUCGUUAUUGUAAGUUGUUUAAUCGACAAAUGUGGAAAAGUGAGCGAUAGAUUUAAAAAAAAAUAUCCUUACUGUUAUAUAUGAAUACUGAAUGUGUUGUGGAUAAAAUGUAUAUUCAUAUCAUAUAUCAGGAAAUAUGUGGAUCUAAAACUUUCAUGCAUACUUUGCAUAAAAGUCAGUAGCAUAUUAGUAGAGUAUCCGUCCUUUAAUUAGGGCAAGGCCCUAAAAGCUUAAUGAUCAAUACCUCUAUGUUAGGAGAAUUGUGAACAAUGUAUUAGUGAUUACAAUUGUGUUGAUUUAUGUAUAGUGUAUGAUGAUGUUUAAUGUGAAAGCUUCAUGCAUUUAUCUUUAGAUUAAAAAUUGUCUAUUAGGCUUAAGAAGAAAAUGUUUUGUCUCCAGUUACCCCAUGGCCCACCGACCUCAGCAAAAUCUACGUUUGGGGGUUGGCCGCUAGCGCUGGCAAGUAAUACCAAAUUAAUUAAUGUUUAAUCUGACAUCUGAGGGAUGGAAAUGUUGUAGAAUCUUAUCAAACUUUCUGUUGAAAUUUAAGAUUACUAUUGUAUAUUGUAUAUCUGUAAAAAUCAUGAUAUGACGUUGCAAAAGAUAAGACACAAAAAGA